ACCUGCUAGUUUUAAAUAUGAAAAUGAAAGAUUUUAAAUUUAGAUAUUUUGCGGCAAUAAGAGGAAGUGGCGCCAUCUGUGGCAGUGUCGCCGUCCCGCUCUUGAGGCGAGGGCGUGUCCCUAGGGCGCCUCCCACAGUCCGCGGGGACGGACGGGGGCGCCGCGAAGCCCGGGCACUCGGCGGCGCGCUCCCGCGACGCUUGUUAGUGUUCCGCAAAUUCACAGCGGGAUCGCCCGCACAACCGGGACUCGAUCCCAAUACGCACAUACGAUAUUACAGAGCCGUCUACCGGAUAUAUUACACAUAGUUUCAUGAUAACAUUCCGAUGUUAUCAACUUGGCUGGAAUUUUAAAUUAGAACUUCAGGUUUUUAAUAUUAAGUACUAUUUGAAAUAAAUAAAGAGUGAAUUUUUGAUUUUAGAAAAAGCGAUUUAAACUGUGACUUUUCCACGUAUGUUGUUGCGGACGAUGUUAUUUUGAAAAUAGAACAGACUUUUGAUUUGUGCGCGUUCGAAUUUGAAUAACGAAUUCGCGUUCGGAAAUCGUCGCGAUUUUCCGUUUGUGUUCGUGCGCUUUCGGGCGCGGGAUUUCAGGCGAUUUUCGCGUAGUGUCUCGCGAUUCGGUCGGACGAGCUGAACGCGGCGGCGGGCGGGUACACCGGCUCGCCGUGGCCGCCGCUCGAGCUAGACCCCGUGGGAUGGGGCCGCAAGCUGUAUCCGUCUGGGGCGCCGAGGUCUUCAGGCGGGUUGAUGUUCGGGCUGCACCACCAGGAGGCGGCAGGGGGGCUGCACACCCAGCCGAGGGGGCCUGUCACCUCUCUGAAGGAAGAACCUCUUACCAGGGCCUGGAUGACCCCCAGCUCACUAGUUGACAAUACCAACGGCGUGGGCGUCGGUCGAGCCCACUUUGAGAAGCAGCCGCCAAGCAAUCUGCGCAAGAGCAACUUCUUCCACUUCGUGGUGGCGCUGUACGACCGCGCCGGCCAGCCCGUCGAGAUCGAGCGCACCGCCUUCAUCGGCUUCAUUGAGAAAGACCAGGAAGCGGAAGGUCAGAAAACAAAUAAUGGCAUUCAAUACAGACUGCAAUUAUUAUAUGCUAAUGGUUUGAGGCAAGAACAAGAUAUUUUCGUUCGACUAAUAGAUUCCGUAACAAAACAGCCCAUCGUGUAUGAAGGUCAAGAUAAGAAUCCAGAAAUGUGCAGAGUUCUUCUUACACAUGAAGUUAUGUGCAGUCGGUGUUGUGAUAAGAAAAGCUGUGGAAACCGUAACGAAACUCCAUCUGACCCGGUCAUCAUAGAUAGGUUUUUCCUGAAAUUUUUCUUGAAGUGCAAUCAAAAUUGUUUAAAGAAUGCCGGCAACCCUCGAGACAUGCGGAGGUUUCAAGUGGUGAUAUCAACACAAGUAAUGGUGGACGGUCCUCUGUUGGCGAUAUCGGACAAUAUGUUCGUACACAACAACAGCAAGCACGGCCGUCGAGCGAAGAGACUCGACCCUACUGAAGGUAUUGACGCCGCUGCCGACCCUACUUCAGGCCUGUAUCCACCUCUGCCGGUAGCCACUCCUUGCAUCAAGGCGAUAUCUCCGAGCGAGGGUUGGACGUCUGGAGGUUCUACUGUCAUCAUCGUUGGAGACAACUUCUUCGACGGACUGCAAGUUGUGUUCGGGACUAUGUUGGUUUGGAGUGAGCUCAUAACAUCGCACGCGAUACGGGUACAAACGCCCCCGCGGCACAUACCUGGCGUGGUGGAAGUCACGCUGUCCUACAAGAGCAAACAGUUCUGCAAGGGCGCGCCAGGGAGAUUCGUCUAUGUUUCAGCUCUCAACGAACCCACGAUAGACUACGGCUUCCAGAGGCUGCAGAAACUUAUACCGAGGCAUCCUGGCGACCCUGAGAAAUUACCAAAGGAAAUAAUUUUAAAAAGAGCUGCUGAUCUGGCCGAAGCCCUGUACUCGAUGCCUCGGAACAACCAGCUAGGGCUAGGAGCACCUCGCUCUCCUCCUGCAAGCAUGCCUUUCAACUCCUACACCGGCCAGCUGGCCGUCAGUGUCCAGGACACUGCUGCUUCCCAGUGGACUGAAGAGGAGUACGCCCGUAGCGGGGGGUCAGUCUCGCCGCGGUACUGCUCCGCCGCGUCAACUCCUCACGCCGCAGCCACCUACCCACAUCCUCAACACUACCCCGCACCGCCGACCUCACUGUUCAAUACUACUUCUCGAAUGGGCGGUCUAGUGUCGUCUCCUUUCUCCGUGAAUCCCUUCUCGCUGCCCACCUGCAGCGCGCAGCAGUACGCGCAGACCGCGCCACUCGCCUCCAAGUAGCCUCAGUACUACACGUGGUCUUUGGACACCGCUGGAUAGUUUCCACGGGUAUAAUGGACAGUCACUGGAUAGUUUACACGGGUUUAGUAAUCAGCAGCAUUUUAGUUUUGUCUGAUUUACCAAGUUUUGCGAAAAUGUCCGAUCUCUGCCUGUAAUAAUGGUGGUUAUGGUUAUAUCACUACUCGGAUUUUAAACUAGUGGUAAUAUAUUCAGGGGGUAAUAUAUUUAUUGGGCCGCUAUAGUGGCAACUAAACGAGUUUCAGGAUCAAUUGAUAAUGUUCACGAUAAAUAUUACGAGUAUUUACUGAAAAUCAUCAAUUUUCUGGUGUAAUUGUGCACAGCUACGAACAACACUAAAAUAAAAACAACUACCUAUAAUAAGAAUAAAGUAUUUUCUCAUAAUAUGUACCUACAAAAUGUUUUGAUUAUUCCUUUUGUAGUUUGUUAAUUAUUAUUUAAACAGCAUUCGGAUCAGUUAUCAAUUGCUUGUCCUGUUUAUAACAUUACAACAUUAUAGGAUAUAUAUAUGAUUUGUAAUAAGAACCAAAUUAUUUAUUUAUGUUAUUUGCGAUAUUACCAUAGUGAGUUUUAAUUUUGUUUAUAAUUUUAUCAUGCUUUCUCAUUCAGUCGCAUUUGCAAAAGAUGUACUAGGUGUGGUGGGUGGAACCUAAUAAAAAACAUAAUAAUUUGCGGCGUGUAUAGUAAAUUGUAAAUAACUUUGUAAUCUAUUGUAUAUAGUCUAAUUAAGCACUAGUUUUGUUGCUAGAUCCAAAUAGACAGUAGAUUUUUAUAAAUAUAGAUGCCCAUAAGGUUACCCUUUACAAUGCUCAGGGCAAUAAGUAUUUCAUCAAAAUUAUUGUAAAAAGUAAAAUAUACACACCUCUUUUUUUAUUUUCGCAUUUCGAGUGUUUGUAAUUUUUUGGUUUUGUACAAUCUGUGAUAUAUUUAUUGUAAGUAUUGUUGUAAAUUUCAAUAAUGUACAAACUUUUAAUCCUUAAAUUCGAUUAGUAUAUUGUGUUACCGCUUAACGAUUUAUCAACGAAAUUUGAAUAUUUGUAAUGAUCAUAUCUUGCGACACAUAUCUGUUUUAUUAUAAAUUAUAUGGGAUUGUGUAAGAAUCCAGCGAAAAAACAAGUUUCUUCGGAAUGUAUACGAAAAAUAAAAAUGUUUUUUGUAAAACAUUUGAGCAUCUCCACCAAAUAGGAGCUGUUUGGAAUCCCCCACAGAAUAUGAAUCCUAUCUAGUUAUUAUUUAACGCAAUCGUGUAUCAAACAAAACAUGUAUAUUGUAAUUGUCAUGGAAAUCAGAAAAUAUGAAAUUAAAUAAUGUGAUUAAAACAA